GCGGCUCUGGGGUUUGCAGCCGGAUGAGACGGAAGUUGCUCUGUUCCUUUACAGUCCCUCAGUCUGGCGGAAAUUAAAGAGCUGUAAGAGAGGUUCCGGAGCUGGCCUGGCGUGUAGGUGGCCAGAUGGAGACCGAGACCGUACAGCCGCCACUGACCCGCCGCCCGACGCUGGCCUCUUCCUGGGAUGCCGCGUGCGGAGCCCUGGCCCAGAGUCUCCAUCUCACCCGGUCUGGUCUCGGCGCCCGGGACGCCGACUGGGAGGAGCUGCUGGCGCCGCCUGCCACCGGCCAGGAUCUGGUGAUUUUGCAAAGGAACGUGAACAGCCAAGAUGAAAACCCCUGCUUCCUUUACCUGAGAUGUGACCCUCCUGGAGGUGAAGAAAUCGUUUCUAUUGGCAUUUUAAGUUCAGCAAGAAAUAUGGAAGUAUACUCAGGAGAGGAGUACUGUGGAACCAGUAGGGGCAAGAAUGUUUGUAAUGUUCUGGAUAACAGUGAACAUGAAAAGAUUAUUUUGUACAAAAAAUAUCUAAAAUUGGAGUCUUCCCCACAUGCUUGUAAAGUAAAGCUGCUCUCCUUUGGUGAAAAGCAGUGUGUGUUCAUCAGUAAAGUUGUGGUACAUGUGAGGCCAGUUUCGGCAAAUUCUUCAGCAGGCUGUCCUGCUCUAGGAUCAAGGAUAGACCUGGAGAGGGUCCAAACCAUCAUGGAGUCCAUGGGGUCAAAGUUGUCAUCUGGAGCUCAGCAAUUGAUGAAUAUGGUUAUUUUCCAGCAACAGAAUUGUAUUCCCAUUGGAGAGCAGCUUCAGUCAGUUUUGGGGAGCACUGGAUACAAGCACAUGACCAGACUGCAAUCAUCAUCUGCUUCAGGAGCCUUCGACAAGUCAUCCUCCACACCUUUCCCUUCCAGAACUGGAUUGACAUCUGGAAACAUGACUGAAGACUUAAAAGCUUACAUUGAUAAAAGUACACAGCCAGCUGGUGGAGGAAAUGUGACAAGCCUCCAAGAGUGUAAAAUUGUGCCACAAAACCAUUCUCUUCCUGAGAAUGAUCUUAAGAAUGCAGUAUCUUCUUUCUUACCAAAGAAAGCAAGUGACAACUCACAUAUACCUAACUCUGAGUUGCUGCCUUUUCUGCAGAAUCUGUGUAGUCAAGUGAACCAUCUCCGUGUGGGACCCAACACCAAGUGGCAGGAAAGCAUCACCAAGCCCGGCGAAGGCACUGUUGGUGUUACAAUGGAAGAACAAUCCAUUUGUUCCUACUUGGAAAAGAUUCUUUCUAAAAAUAUGGAACUGAUGGAAAAGAAACUUAUGGACUACAUUGAUCAGCGAAUAUAUAAACUCCAGGAGCACAUAGAUAAUAAGAUUGCUUUGUUAAUGGACUUGCUGCAAAGUCCCAACUCCCCACCCUCUGGCAUGCCUUUAAGACAUUUUGACUCUGGAGAAAGACUUUCAAAUGGAGAAAGAUAGCACUGAACAUGUUCAAAGUACUACAGAUAUUUAUUACAAAGCCAAAUCCCCCAAAAAAGUUUAUGAAAAGCAGGUAUUUAAUGUCCUUUGAAAUAUUACCACUUACUUAAAGUGACCUCAGUGUUCACUUUUACUGCACUCGUGAAUCCAGUACUGUACACUGAGUUAACA